AUGGCGCGCUCCUGGCUCCUCCUCUCCAGGUGUGCCGUGCCGCUCGCGGCGGCGACUGCCUCCGCGGGCCGCGGCCCCUCCGGCGGGGCCGCGCGCUCGGAGGCGGACGUGGGCCACGAGCAGGAGUGCGAGCACGCGUCCAUCGGCUUCGAGGCCCUGCAGACGGCCUCUGCGCUGUCGAGGCCCCGCCCCGUCCUCGAGCGGGGCGCGGGAGGGGCAGAGCGCAGCCAGCGGAGCGCCGUGGAGGGCAACCCGUACGUCCCGGGGCCCAACAUCUAUCUCGCAGACCUCGUGGACCUCGACAACUACUGGGGCUACUGCCUCGACAUCGCUGGGUCCCCGCCCCACCCGCAGUGCGACAGCAUCCAGGGGCACACCUGCAAGUCGGACGGUGCGGACACCCAGUUCCGGUACGACCCCGACACGGAGUCGAUCGUGUCGCAGAAUUUCAACGGUAUAUGCAAUCCGAUGUAUGACGGGGAGCAGGACGGAAGGACUUGGCAGGCGGACCUGAACAACACCCGCGGCGGUUGCCUCAGGGUCGCUGGGUCCCUCGAGGCUGGGACUGGGCUUGUCAUGGUAGAGUGCCGGGCGCCCGACUCUCUGCAGAAGUUCAGGUACACCCCGAGCUGGCAGUUCGCCGUGGUGAACACCAGCCUCUGCCUCGUCCUCGGGAAGGAGAGGGCCGAGCAGGACGGCUUCUCGUCCCGCACCGUCGAGCUGCAGGAGUGCGCGUCGUGGCCAGCUGAGCUGUCAACCUGGACGGUCAUCACGAGCACCCACGAGAAGCAUUACCCAGAGCAGAGCCCCAGUACUGCAGGUGAUUCUUCCACGUCUUAA